GCGGCUGUUGGAAUGCUGCCCGUCCGAAGGCGCCCACCAUCCGCACAAGAGCAAACAAAUUGCUCUGAAGCACAAGAGUGUUUCGAGCUGAAAAGUGAAUUGUGAAUCCUACGCCUAGAUAGCCGCGACCUUCGGAUACCCCAAAGUUCACGAGUGCGGAGAGCUGUUCCAAUAUAGUCUCAAAGAAACCGCAACACAAUGUCCACCUAAUCUGAACGCGAACUUUCGAUCAUCACUCUCGACACGAUGAGUCGAGUCCUUCAGCGGUUGCUGAUUCUCCUGGCAGCCACGGUUCCUUCGUGGGCCUAUCCCUCAGGAGCCCCAGCAGGAACGUGCCUCACGCUUUUUCCGAGACACGACACGGAGCCGCAAUCGACGCCUUCACCUUUCCGCAUCGAAGUCAAUUCGCGGGGAAACGAAAUUCAAAUUGAUCUCGUCGGGAACGAGCCAUUCCGAGGCUUCCUGAUCAAUGCUCGAUUGGCGUCGGAUCCCCAGAGGAUAGUCCCGGGCUUCUUCUCACCUCGUGUUGAUCCAAACGCGCAAACGCUCGACUGCCUGAGCGAGAAAGACUCAGGAAUCACGCAUGUGGAUGCGAACGACAAAUCCGCCAUUCGAGCUCUGUGGACCGCACCAGCAGGCUUUGACGAUAGAGUCAUCUUCGUGGGAGCCGUAGUCAAGUCGUUCGACCAGUUCUGGUCUGAUAUCAGAUCGGGCGAGGUACAGGUCAGAGGAACUGGUGCCGCAUUAGUGAAAGCACAAAUCCCGGAAAGAGUCUACGACAACUGUGGCGUCUCUGAUGGAUGUUUCGGCCUUCCCCUGAACUGCAUCGCUUCAAGGAAAUGUGAACUUCUCCUAGGCUAUCAUGAGGAGCCAGGAUACGGAUAUUUCUUCCAAAUGGUGACAACGGCGGGUACGAAUAAGUACGUCGCCACCGGAAUUUCGCACGACAGUCUCAUGGGCAACGACGCCGUCGUCGAGUGCGUGGACGUCGAUGGCGACCUCGAUAUAAGAGAAUCAUGGAACGUGGCCAAUGGACGAGCCAACGAACCGAUUCCCUCGUCGAACAUCCAAAAAGUGGCUCAGAAUGCGAACGAUGGCGUACACAGCUGCCAGUGGAGACGCCCGUAUUCCACGGUGGUGAGGGGAUCCACCUUCGACCUUCGUGACAGAAAAUAUAUCCUCCUGGCCACAGGGAAUGUUUCCCCUUUGAACGGAAGCAAACGGUACCACGAUCAAGCCGUCUCUUCGGCGAGCGUCGUAGACUUCAGUGCUCUUCGAGUUGAGAAGGGGGACAACUCCCACGUGUGGGUACAGGCACAUGCCACCCUGAUGACCGUAGCGUGGCUCUUCACGGCGUCGCUCGGAAUGAUGUUGGCGAGACAUUUCAAAAAUGUUUGGGAGGAUAAGAUGCCAUGCGGUGUGAAGAUGUGGUUUGCGUGCCACCGAUUGCUGAUGGUCUCGACCCUGGUUCUAUCGAUAGUCGGGGUGGUCAUAAUGUUCUACCGUUUCGGUAUCUUCACGCCUCAGGCCGGCCUCCACCCGAUUUUCGGUAUGGCCUGCGUCACCUUAUGCAUUUGCCAGCCGAUCAUGGCGCUUUUCAGGUGUCAUCCAGGGACCAAGAAGCGCCCAUUAUUCAAUUGGGCUCACUGGUUCGUGGGGAACACCGCACAGAUUUUCGGAGUGAUCGCGAUCUUCCUUGCGGUAGAUCUACCGAAGGCAGGCCUCCAUGAAAUUUACUGGUUCAUCUACCUCAUCAUGGCCUUCGUAGUCUUCAACGUCCUAUCCCAUCUGAUUCUCCAAUGUCAUGGCUUUUCCGUCGACAAAAAAGUUUCCAACACACCGGACAUCCACCUUCAAGCUAUGGGCUCGAACGGUUCCCAGAUGAGUCCUGUGCAAAUGAUCGAGACUAAGGACUCGCCCGGCAGUGAGUUCCGACGCUUCAUGCUCGGACUCUAUAUCGUCGGAUUACUCUUCAUCGUCGGUGCCAUGGUUGCGGUCAUCUGGCUGAGUCGAACCGAGCUUAUCUGAUGAGCUUGCAGAAAACGCUCCGGCCCAAUCAGGUCCCCGGAGCUGAGAUCGCUGAUACACGACUGCUGCUCCUAUCGUGAAGGAUCUGUAAAUAUAAAUCGUAUUUAUUGUGGACCAAUGGAACAGUUGUUCUUAUGACUUUUAUUCGCGUCGGAUUGGUGCCUUCGGAAUGUUUGAGAUUGGAUUCGGUCUUGUCAGACCGGAUCGUGCGAGAUCGCCGAAAGAUGAUGGCUGUUGACUCACAUAUCAUUUUUAUGGAGUCGAUCUGUGUAAAUAAAUCAGGAUGCU